AUGGCGGCAGAUGUUCAAUUCAACUUUGCCGACGGCAACGUUGCCUUUCCCUUCCUGGAUGCAGCAGGCCCGCAGCAGCAGCAGCAGCAGCACCAGCGGACGCCUCGGCCUCAGCAGCAGCAGGAGCUGCAGCAGCCCCAGGCCCAGGGAGCGCGGCGAAGACACAGACAGGGUGCUGGCGCCGCUGGCGCUGCGGCCGCUGCUGCUGCAGCGACGUCCGCUGCAGCAGCAACUCUCCAGCAGCAGCAGAAGCGACUCACGCAGCAGCAGAAGAACCGAGAACGCCACCUGAAGCUCCUGCAGCAGCAGCAGCAGCAGCAAGAAGCAGAGGCUGCGAACUCUGAGGACGACAGCAGCUUCAGUCGCGCUGCGCUCGUGAGCAGCAGCGUUGCCUCUCGGCAGCAGCAGCUGCAGCAACAGCAGCAGCAGCAACUCCGAGAAGCAGCUGCUGCUGCUGCAGCAAAAAAGAAAAAGAAGAAAAGGAAAAGAGACUCACAGAGCGCCCAAACGCAGACAGAAGAUGCGCCGUCGAUACACCCGGAAGCAGCAGGCACGCCUCCAGACAGCAGCAGCAGCAGCAACAGCAGCAGCAGCAACAGCAGCAGCAGCAACAGCAGCAGCAGCAACAGCAGCAAGAGAAAGGAGAAGCAAAAAGAUAAAGACACAUCUAGAGAAGAGAACAACGCACAUGAAGAAGAACCGGUUGACGAAACGCAGGAAAUCAAGGAGCAGCAAAACAGCGAGGGAGAAAGCAUGCAGCAGCAGCAGCAGCAGAAGCGCAAGCGGCGCAGGCGCGGCACACGGCAGCAGCAGCAGCAGCAGGAAGGUGACGACGACAGUGCUGAAGGUGUGUGGGAAGACGAGCACACAAUGGGUCAGGGCUGGGCAGACAGUGCUGCUGCUGCUGAGCAGCAGCAGCCGCAGCAGCAGAAGCAGCAGCAGCAGCAGCAGCAGAAGCUAUGGGGCGUGACGAAGGGGGGCCGCCGCAUAAUAAUUCGGCACAUGUUUAAAGAAGGAAAUGAAAAAGGGAAAAGAAGAACUAAAACGAGAAGCAGACAAAAAAAUAUCAAAAAAGAUAAAAGGCCCGAGGCCUUGGUGAGGGCUUAA